UUAAGCGAAUUCAAGGAAUCUGGGCUACUCUAUUGGUGGAGUAGCGAGGUUUGGGCAUUGUGCCCGGGUCAUUAUAAACCCGAGGCACCAUGUUGGACUAUUUUGGUUGAUGGGCUGUUUAUGGGCUCAUAUUGAGCUAUAGUCGGACUUUAGAAUGGCGUUUUGUUGGUGUGAGUUACUAAUAUAUUAACUUAUCCCAAAAAAAAAAAAAAAAAAGAGUUACUAAUAUAUUAGUGGUAUUUUAUGGAUUAGGUCAUGACACUGCUACUAUUCGAGCUCAAAAAUGAGUUACUAAUAUAUUAGUGGUAUUUUGUCGGUAUGAGUUACUAAAAGUCAAGUAAGCAAUGCUCCUAUGCUAGAUUUUUCCGAAAAUUGAUUGAGGUUGAUUUUGUGAAAAACCUGCAUAUUUCGUUAUGAAAACAGUCUCAGUUAUUUUAUGUGCUAGUCUCUGUAUUUGAACUUGGAAAUCUGACAUUUUAUCAUGCUGGUGUAAACAUGAGCAAUUUUUGUACCAUGUUCCUCUACUGCAUAAAAUGUAAAUAAUGAAAUCUGAAGUUUUUUUCUGUUUAUAUAAUAUUUAUAUGCUUAGUACUAUAUUAUGAUAUGAAAUUGCAUCUAAAAAUUCUUAGGCAUACGAAUUUGUUCUACCAUGGUUACGGGCAUUGCCACGGGUGAUAAUAGUGACCUUUGAUUUCUGACCUUGCCAUGGGUGUAAAAUGGUGGCCUUUGAUGUUUGAGCUCGCUAAGGGUGUAAAAUGGUGGCCUCUGUUCUGCAUGCAAUCACUUUGGUGAUAAAGUGAUUUAUGUUCUUCUUCACUAUCAACAGAAUGCAAAACCCUACCGCGGGGGUAAACGUAGCCUCUGUUUUGAGUGCAAUUACUUUGGUGACAAAGUGAUUAAUGUUCUGCUUGGCUAUCUACGGAAUGCACAACCCUGACAUGGGGGUAAACAUGGCCUCUGUUCUAAGUGCAAUCACUUUGGUAACACGGCAAAUCGAAUCCUAAAUGGGGGAACCAAAAAGGCACAGAAUACUCAUGGUCUCUGAUUUUUUCUAUCCCAACUUUGGUGGUGUGGAGAAUCACAUAUACUAUCUAUCACAAUGCCUACUGAAGCUUGGCCACAAGGUGGUAGUUAUGACUCACGCCUAUGGAAAUCGUUCUGGGGUGAGAUAUAUGACUGGUGGCCUGAAAGUAUACUAUGUACCAUGGAAACCAUUUCUUAUGCAGAAUACAUUACCGACCUUCUAUGGGACACUUCCAAUUAUAAGGACUAUCCUUAUUCGAGAAAAAAUAUCGCUAGUUCAUGGACAUCAAGCCUUUUCAACACUUUGUCAUGAAGCUUUGAUGCAUUCUCGCACCAUGGGCUGCAGGGUUGUAUUUACUGAUCAUUCACUCUAUGGUUUUGGUGAUGUUGGAAGUAUCCACAUGAACAAGGUAUUGCAGUUUACUUUAGCAGAUGUAAGUCAGGCCAUUUGUGUUUCUCAUACAAGCAAAGAAAACACUGUGCUACGAUCAGGUCUACCACCAGAAAAGGUCUUUGUUAUAUCUAAUGCUGUUGACACUGCUAUGUUCAAGCCUGCCCUGGAGCGGCCUAGUGAUAACGAAAUUGUUAUAGUUGUGAUUAGCAGAUUGGUUUAUCGGAAGGGUGCUGAUUUGCUUGUUGAAGUCAUUCCAGAAGUUUGCCGUUUAUAUCCUAAUGUCCGUUUCAUUGUUGGAGGAGAUGGACCCAAAAGGGUGCGGUUAGAACAGAUGAGAGAGAAGCAUUCUCUUCAAGAUCGAGUUGAAAUGCUGGGUGCUGUACCCCAUGCUCGAGUACGGUCUGUCUUAAUUUCUGGCCAUAUAUUCUUAAACAGUUCUUUAACAGAAGCUUUUUGCAUAGCCAUAUUAGAAGCUGCUAGUUGUGGAUUAUUAACAGUUAGCACACGUGUUGGAGGGGUCCCAGAGGUUCUACCAGAUGACAUGGUUGUGCUUGCAGAGCCAGAUCCUAGUGAUAUGGUCCUAGCAAUCAACAAGGCGAUAUCUAUACUUCCCACGAUUGACCCACAAGUAAUGCACGAUCGUAUGAAGAAGCUCUAUAAUUGGCAUGAUGUUGCGAAACGGACUGAGAUUGUCUAUGAUCGUGCUUUGAAAUGCUCAAAUCAAAGUCUUCUAGAACGGCUCUCACGGUACCUCUCAUGUGGAGCUUGGGCAGGCAAGCUGUUUUGCUUGGUUGUGGUGAUUGAUUUUUUAUUAUUCCGAUUACUGCAAUUAUGGCAGCCUGCGGAGGAUAUCGAGGUGGUACCUGAUAUUCUUCUGUCCCAAGGUGAAGAUAAGAGGGAUGCUGACAAACUUCGAGUCUUCAACGGCGACCAGUGCUUGAAAUGAUUUUAUUUUGAGAUGUUUGGUUGUUUUGCAUUCCUGUACUGAUACGGUGAUUUGGUAUCGAAGUAUAAACUCCAUCCUGCAUGUAAUUAAUACUAACCCAGAUUUUUAAUGACCAAGUUGAAAAGAUGAUUGUAUUUUUAUCA